AUGGGUCACACAUGUGGGAACUGUCCUGUGUUUGGCUGUGGUUGUACAAAUUUAGCAAGGUUAGCAAAUCAUCUCGGCCAAGUACAAGGUAUGGGCACACAGGAACACAAGAAAUGGUUAAAUUGGAGUAAGACAGGAAUAUGUGUACCUCAACAGAGUAAAGAACCAAAGGAAUUCAAUAUGGAGGAGUGUCUGGAUAAUUUAUUAGAGCAUGAACAACAGAAACACAAGUUGAUAAUUGAUGGCAAGGGUGAUGAAGAUAGAGAUGAAUUUGGAUACUAUAAAUGUCAUGGUCUGAACUGUUUCCUUGUGUUUGUAAGUGACGCAACAAGAAAAAGGCACGAAAAGAACAAACAUAUAGAAGAACAGAUUGGGACAAGCGAUGUUCCCAUUGAACAAUGUUCUGAAAGUAAUAAGACUGACAGUGACUACACUUUCAACUACCACAAUGCCAGACUACAAUUUGGGUUGGUUUUGAUGGACAUUGUUGAUGCAAUAAAAGAAGGUGAUGGCAUUCGCUUGACAAGGUGCUAUAAAUUAGUGCUGUUGUUUGCCUAUAAAUUCCGGCAUACUAAAUAUGCAUAUGGAAUUUUACUGUAUUUCGUUCAAAUUAAUGCAGUACUCUCAGAGGAAGAUUCAUAUAAUUUGACAAGAAAUAGAUUUUUCAACAUUAGUGGGAAAAUUGGUACAAAUAUACCUCUAGACCUACACAUGGAACACCUCAAUCUUCUGUUGAAACGGCUAUCUAAAGGAAUGGGUGGAAAUGUUACAACAAAGUCACUGCAACGGGCAGCCAGGUCAGUUGUUCCAUUAAGCAAUGUGAUUCAAGGAGUAUACAGAGAUUGCUCAAAGGUGAAAAAGAGUGGCUGUCACAAGAACAAGGAUGUGGAAGAUGCCCUUAGAAUAAUUAUAAAUGACCUGCUACAAGGAAAAGUGUUUAAAAAAGCAAAUGGAAGAGCUGGAUACCCAUCCUUCCCUAAAUUUCCUUCAAACAUUCUUGAUAUUGAUUACAGAGAUUUCUUUCAAUGGAUAAAAGGACAUUUAAACCAUUGGAAAGCAAUUUAUGAAACAACUAAAACAUAG